GUUAGCUAUUCAGAGAGAAAGACGAACGAGCGCGAGAGAGAGGCGGAGAAGCUAGGAGACGCCACGGACAAACCGGUAAAGGGAUUGCGGGUCUCAAACCCACGAUAAACACGGAGCGCUGAGGCUCGUUUCGAGGAGACGGCUGUGAUCGAAAAAAGGAAGGGGAGGGGACAGCUAACUUUGACAGACCUGCACUGGCCUCCAGCAGCGGACGCAAGCCCGGGUUUAGUUUUUGAGUGACGCCGACAAAAACAGUGAUCUGAGGGAACCUCUGCGUCGCCGCCGCACCGAAUCGUCACCCCUCCUUUGCCACCGCCACUCGACCUGCCACCAUGACGUCGGAGCUGGAGAGCAGCUUGACCUCCAUGGACUGGCUGCCACAGCUGACCAUGCGGGCGGCCAUUCAGAAAGCGGACACCCAGAACGCUCACGGGCCAGGCAUGGCUAAGAAGAGCGCCCUGCUGGACCCCAACACCACACUGGACCAGGAGGAGGUGCAGCAGCACAAGGACGGCAAACCACCGUACAGCUACGCCAGCCUCAUCACGUUUGCCAUCAACAGCUCGCCAAAGAAGAAAAUGACACUGAGCGAGAUCUACCAGUGGAUCUGUGACAAUUUCCCCUAUUACAGGGAAGCCGGCAGCGGGUGGAAGAACUCAAUACGGCACAAUCUCUCGUUGAACAAGUGUUUUCUCAAAGUGCCUCGUUCCAAAGAUGACCCGGGAAAGGGUUCGUACUGGGCAAUCGACACAAAUCCAAAGGAGGACACGCUGCCCACACGACCCAAGAAGAGGCCACGGUCUGGAGAGCGGGCGUCCACGCCGUACAGCCUGGAGUCGGAUAACUUGGGAAUGGACUGCAUCAUCUCUGGAAGUGCCUCUCCAACGCUGGCAAUCAACACUGUGACUAACAAGGUGGCAUUGUACAACCCUGACCAGGACGGGAGUGACAGCCCUCGAAGCAGUCUUAACAAUAGUCUCUCUGACCAGAGUCUGGCCUCUGUUAAUCUCAACAGCGUGGGCAGCGUGCACAGCUACACACCAGUGACGAGUCAUCCAGAGUCGGUGUCCCAGUCCAUGAGCUUGCAGCAGGCCCCUCAGGCCCAGUACAACAUACCGGAACGCGACAAGCAGCUGCUCUUCUCCGACUUCGAAGAUCUCAGUGCCUCCUUCCGCAGCCUUUACAAGACUGUGUUUGAGCAGUCCUACAACCAACAGGGUCUGAUGGGUAUGCCCUCGGAGUCGUCCCAGCAGACCCACACCUCCUGCUCUUACCAACACUCCCCCAGCACCACCAUCAGCACCCACCCUCACAACAACCAGAACAGCAUCACUAACUCUCACCCCAACAACAUCCCCAACAGCGGUAGCCAGGUGCCUCUCUCCCACCCCCCUCACUCGGCCCACAACUCGCCCCACGGACAGCACCUCUCACAGCAUGGCCCUCACACCCAGCACAGCCAGCACCCACAUACGGCACACAGCCAACAUCCCCAGCACAGCCAACACAGCCAGCACGGGCAGCAUCCCUCCCAGCACCAGGCCCACGGCCAGCACACACCGCAGCAGCAGCACCAGAAUCUCUCCCACCAGCCUCAUCCUGCCCAGCAACAGAUGCAGUGCAACACCGGUCUUCCCAGUGACUGGUACCCCAACCUGGAUGCGCUAAAAGAAAGCUGCCGCAUCGCCAGCAGCUACAACUGGGCUGAUGUUGAUCUGUCACCCUUCCAAGGUUUGAAAGAGAGCAUGAGGCAGGCUGAGCUGAAUAACUGGUCUCUGGAGCCCACUCAGAUUGCAGACCUCUGCUCCUCCAUCAAUCAGUUCUUUGCUCGCACUGGAAUCCAGCCACAAGGGGCAGUGCAACCUCCAGUGUGCCACGGCUCCAUGCAUCCAAAACCCAACCCACACAUCAACACAGUGUGUUUUUCAGGAAACAUGUACAUGGACUCGAGACAGAGCUUGAGUUCAAUGAUGGGUCCGCCGGGAUAUCCUCAUAUGCCGCCCAUGAGCAGCGCUGGCCCCACUAUGACAGGCCAUCACGCUCAGAUGAACCAGCAGCAUAUGAUGCCUGCUGGAAACUUCCAGAUACGCCGCAUGCCUGCCGACGACAUCCAGGAUGACUUUGACUGGGACUCCAUCGUCUAACCCAGUCCCCGAGAGCGAAGAGUGGUGCAGACAAAACGAGAGCGGAGCGUAUGGAGGCAGUGUGUUUGUGUUACAGAGCAAGAGGGCUGGACCUGAGGUGUCUGCAUGCCCGUGACAGAAGGCAGAUUGGAAUGGGACACUUGAAAAAUAGUGCAGGUGUUGUUCAUUAUGACCUGAAAAAGACUCCUGUGUUCCUGGUGUUUUUAUGAAACAAAAACAAACAAAAAAAAAGAUAUUACUUUGAAGACAAUCACAUUUACUAGGACAUGUUUAACUGAUCGCUUUUAUACUUGUCCAAGGGGCAAGUGGUUUAAGUCAAAUGUCUCCCGACCCACAGCCUCUUUGCAAACUUGCCAAGCUCGCCCCUGCUCUUCAACUGUUGUUCUGUGAUUUUUCGAGUGAUUGCAUCCGGCUUGUUCUCCCCUCUCAUGGUGACAAACUCAGGCCUCGACUGCCUAUCAGACAAGAUUGGCUCCCUCAUUUGUGUUGUGAAACUUCAUCUGAGAUGCAGGGCACUUUUCAGAAGAGGGCCGAUGGUGCAGGUAACGUGACACUCUAAGCACCUGCCAUCGCUCAGGCACAAGUAGCCAAUUUUUUGCUUCUCUGACCCUACACACUGUAAUAUGCCGACGUCGCCAUGCAUCCAAAUCCAGCAGAUUUUACUGAUUCUUAAGCUCAUAACAAAACGUGUAAGCCACAUUACCUGCAGUAUUUGUACUUGCGUAUCUUUGCUGUCUGAAGUGUGUCAUGUUUUUUGUCACUAAUAGUUUUAGGCUAGUCUGAAUAUGAAAAUGAAAAUUCAUAUGAAAAUGA